AUGGCCGAAACAAAAGAAAAGAUAAUUCAGCUCCCCUUAGAGGAUUCAAACAAGGAAACCAAAGUUCCAAAAUGGAAGCUUCACACAGUUGGAGCUUCAAGCAAUGAAGGGGCUGGUGCAGGUAUAGUACUAGUUGGUCCAGAAGGAGAAGAGUUUAGCUAUGCCUUAAGAUUUGAUUUCCCAGCUACUAAUAAUGAAACUGAGUAUGAAGCACUACUUGCGGAAAUGAGAAUAGCAAAGAAGCUAAAUGUUAACAGACUAAAGGUGUAUGUAGAUUCAAAGUUAGUGGCCAACCAAGUCAAUGGAGUGUAUGAAGCAAAAGAUGAAAAAAUGGAGCAAUACUUGGAAAAAAUAAAAAAGGGAAUGUGGGUAGAAGUACUUGUAAGAAGCCCACUUGAGGAACGUGAGAUGAAUGCGGUAGUCUCUGAAGAAGACCCCAACUGGAUGACUCCAAUAAGAUCGUUCAUAGCAAGUGGGGAACUACCCAGUGAUGGUGAAGAAGCAAAAAAGAUAAGAAUGAAGUCACCAAUGUACCCCUCAUUGAGGACAUGCUUUGAAGAAAUAAAGACAUGUAGGGUGUGCCAAGUUCAUGCACCAAUUCCCAAAGGCCCAAAGAAUGAGAUGAUAUCGAUGACAUCCCCAUGGCCAUUCUAUAAGUGGGGGAUGGACAUUGUUGGACCAUUCCCAAAAGCACCUGGUGGUUUUAAGUUCCUAAUUGUGACCAUAGAUUAUUUCACUAAAUGGGUGGAAGCCAAGGCGCUAGUAAGCAUCAGUGGCAAGCAAGUGAAAAAGUUCGUUUGGGACAACAUUGUGUAUCGUUUUGGUUUACCAGGAGCAUUGGUCACAGAUAAUGGGAAGCAAUUAGUUGAAAAUCCAUUUAAGUCUUGGUGCCAAGAAAUGCAAAUAAAGCAAUUAGCUUUGACGAUGCCAAAAACAAGCAAUGGUGAAACACCGUUUAGCCUCACUUAUGGCACGGAAGCAGUGAUCCCUGUGGAGAUAGGCAUGCCAACAUACCGAACCUCGGCUUGUCUUACAGAAACUAAUGAGGAGGAUCUAAGGAUGAACCUCAAUCUCCUGGAGGAGCGACGAGAAUUGGCAGCAAUAAAAGAAGCUAAAUGCAAGCGCCAGAUUGAAAAAUACUACAACCAAAGGGUGAAGAAAUCAACCUUCAAGGAGGGAGAUCUGGCGUACCGAAAGACCUGGUGUACCGAAAGAAUGAAGCCAGCAAGGCAGCAAACCAAGGCAAGCUCGGUCCAAAUUGGGAAGGACCAUAGUUGUCGCUAA